CCUCUUUCCAAGAGCGGGGAAUUCCUUUGGAGAGGGACUUGCUCCAAGAAGUUCCCCAUGCCUCGGAAAGGAGUCGACUGCCACUUCUAUUUCAACUCUGUCUGCUUUAAGGGAGACAGCUGUCCAUUCCGCCACUGCGAAGCAGCUCUGGGGAGUGAAGAGGUCUGCAAGCUGUGGAUGCAGGGUCGCUGUUCCAGCAGCGACUGCAGGCUGAGACACACGAAAAUUGAUAAGAAGCGCAGUGAGAUUCCCUGCUUUUGGGAGAAUCAGCCGGGAGGCUGUCAGAAGGCCCACUGCCCUUUCCUUCACUUGAAGGAACGCAGUGGGAAUGGACCGACUGUACCACCAAGUGACGAAGCUGACACGAGCCUUCCUCUGAACAGCGGCCCUGCAGAAAGUCUGGAGAGCCAGACAGAGGUUGAGAAGGCAGCAGCGAGAGGUGACAUCCCAUCUUCCUCCCAUGGCCCGGCUGCGCAAAAGCGCAAGCGAUGUGAGGAGAAGGCCAAAGCAAGCGAGUUGCCUCUCAAGAAGAGAAUCAAGGCUGGACGCAAGGUGUUCCUCAGGUCUGCUGCUUGGAAAUCCACCUUCCCCACGAAGCAGACACUGAAGCGGAAGGCAGCGGACAUGGAACCGUCUGCUGCUGAGGACACCGAUGAGCCCCCAGCCCGAAAACUGCCUACGGCCAUCGUUCCAGCCCUGCCUGGGGACAGCCUGGUGACCGUUGCUGCAGUUAAAACACCUCCCUGCACAGAGGCAGGGAAAGCGCUCGUCUGUGAGGAUGAUGACAUCGAGAAGUUGAUGAUGGAAAUCAUUGGAGAUGAGUUAGGAGACAUUGACAUGGACAGUGAGAAGGAUACGGACGAGCUCCUUCAGGAACUGUCAGACAUCAUUGACAGUGUAACACCGUAGUCUGAUUGUGUAUUUUAAAACAAACAACAACCAAAAACAAUUAAAACCAACCCUAUUUCUUUUCAACCAACCUUGUUCCUUUUCUUUCUUAUACUGUGGGGACACUUUUCCUGAAACUGUGCAACGAGUCUGAAAGCAAACUGGUCAAAAUCAGCAGCGCCUGCAUUCUGUUCUCCUGAUUUCCCUGCUGCUCAGAGUUCAGGGGCUCUCAUUCUCUCCUUGUGGUUUUCUACGUGGUACAGAAUUAUGACUGGAAUAUUUGUAACCGGAGGACAGUAUGAAACAUGAUCUUCAGCCUUGUCCCCCUUGGAAGAGAACAAUUUUGAUGAC